AUGGAAUUAAAAUUAAAUACCUCUUGUCUCAAUUAGAAAUCUUAAAUAAAAUCAAGUUUAGCAACCAAUAAUCAACACGAUCAGUCUCAACUAUUCGUUAAUUUUACAAAAGAAUAACCCAUCCAAUAAAAUCCUUAGCCUUAUGAUCCGAAUUGUUUAAUUUAUUCAUGAUAAUAGGUUCAACAUAUUAAUACAAUGUGAUUGUAGAAGGAGUUAUAUUCGAUGUACUAGCUCCUUGUGAUUUGUUAAAUGAUUUUAUACCUGAAAAAACAGAAUUAGAAGAAUGA